UUCGACGCCUGGCGAUGGACUCAGUCUGGACCUCGCACCCACAACCCAACGUGGUCGAUCGAUUGCCGAUGGCGGCACAUCAAAAGCUCGUCCACGGCGACAGCAACCCGUCCAACGCGGAAUACAUGAACAGCGACACGCCAAACAUGGCAUUGCCGGUGGAGGAUGACACAGAUGAGAACACGAUUCGUGUGUUUGGGUGGAUGCACAAGCAAGGGACUCGUGUCAUUCGAGGACCGGGUGCUAAGAGCUGGCGUCGACGCUUCUUCUGCUUGGAAGGUCAAAAGAUCUACUAUUUCCACGAACCUGUCGAUGCGCGCAAGUACUUCAACUCGCGGAACCCCGAGCUCUGCAUCGGGUCGAUCGACCUUCGCACAGCGUUCAAGCUUGAGCAAAGCGACCGUUUGGAUCUCCCAUCCAAGGGUCUCGUGAUCCACACGAAGAUCCGCAAGUGGCUCGUUUGCCCCGAAACGGACGCCGAGUUCAACAUGUGGUUCGACGCGCUCGAAGAAACGAUCAUGACCAACGACGCAGGCAACGUCGUCAAGCGUCAUUUGCCCAACGUUCGCGAGUACGUGAUGAAGGGUCGCACGAGUUAUCGCGUGUUUUACUUUCUCUUUCUCAUUACGGCGCUCAUCGAACUCGCCGGCAUCGUGCUCUGGUUUCCCCUUGGCAUUGAACCGUGUGAUUUGAAACUGCGUACGGCCAACUGCACCGAGAUUUUCAGGAAGUUUGUUCCAGAGGAGAAGCCCAGUUGUGGAGAACAACCGUUCAACGGGAUGUGGAACCCGCCCCAGUUCUACAAGCGGCAAGCCGGCAUGCUUGGCGUUCAGUGCUUUCGCGAACCGACGCUGGCGCACUGGGUGUCGUACUUUUGCUUUUACUUUGCCGAAUUCAUCUCGAUCUUGCUCGGCGCGUUGUACUAUCUUGGCAUGUGGAAGCCAGUGCGUCGUGGCGCGCAUUACCUUCGCGACUUCAACCCACCGUUUCCUCAGGACAAGUGGCCGACAGUCGACAUCAUGUUGUGCCACUAUGCCGAGCCUGCGGAAGACACGAUGGCGACGCUCGAAGCCAUCAUGAAGCUCGACUACCCCUGCGAGAAGCUCCACGUGUACAUUUGCGACGACGGCGGGUUCAAGACCAAAUUCACACCAGGCAACCCCAUCCCCGAAGUCAUCGUGAACAAAGGCGUGAUUGAAAACGCUGGCGACGUCCGGUAUGAGCUGGCGCAUUUCAUGUACGAGCGCGUGCUCGACUUGGACGGCGAAGGCCAAGGCAUUGGGUACACCCGUGCCGUCGAAAUGGAAGUGAACGAAUGGCGCCAGUCGCACACAACGGUCAAGAUGCCGACGCCUUCGAAUCCUCGGGUUGCUGACCGUCUGGACUGUGCGAUCGGAUCGGAGCGCGACGACUACGAUUACCGGUAUGCGGGACUGCCUCGUGUCACUUACGUCGGCCGCUUCAAGCCUCCAACGCAUCAUUCCAAGGCCGGCAACAUCAACAACGUCCUGUACAACGAAGGCGCGAGCGGUCGAUACGCGAUCAUUCUCGACAACGACAUGAAGCCACACCCGAUGUUUAUCCAAGCGACUUUGCCUUUCUUCUUUGACUCGCCCGCGUCCACCAAGACGUUCCGCUGCUCCGCGCCAGGGUGCUCCGACAUUGCCAAGAUCACGUGCACGUUGUGUGUCCAAGCUGGGGUGCCCGAGGCAACCAUUUCAUACUGCUCGAACGACUGCUUCGUCGCAUCGAACCACGUCCAUUCCCAAGUCCACCGCCGCCAAACGCGCACGUCAAAGGUCAACCGGACGACUUGCACGACGUGCGGCGGCAAAGUGAACAUGAAAUCUGGCACUUGCUCUGGGUGCAAGAAGGCUAUGGGUCGUCGCACGUCUGUCGGAACGCAAGAAGCGGCUCAGUACGCCCUGGCCCUUCGUGACCAUUACAAUGACGAUGUCUCGAACAACCAAGUCGGCUACGUUCAGACCCCACAGUACUUUGAAGACUGUUUGCAGCUGCGGCUGGGCGAUCCCUGUGGCCAUCGCAACUCGACCUUUUUCGAUUCGGCUCAGACUGGGAUGGACGGCUAUGAGUGCGCGUCGUUUGCCGGGACGAACGCGAUCUUUCGUCGGUCUGCAUUGGAUUCUGUGUGCGGGAUUGCGUACGGGUCGCUGACGGAAGAUGCGUUCACGGGCAAGCUCAUGAUCGACAAGGGAUGGAAGGGUCUGUACUUCCGCAAGGAUUUUGAAGGCGAAGAGAGCGAACGCAUCCGACUCGCGGAAGGUGCUGUCCCCGAGACGGUCGCAGCGAGUUUGGCGCAGCGCAAGCGGUGGGCCAAGGGCAACUUUCAGAUCUUCUUGCGUCGGAAAAAAUCGCUCAUCGAUCCAACGUGGAAACCCCCGACCAACAUCGAACUGCCACCGCCGCGCAAAGUCAAUGGGUUUAUGCGCUGGGUCUUCUUCAUGAACUUGACCAUCUAUCCCAUCGGCUCGUUCCCCGCGCUCUUCUUUUUCUACAUCACGGGUUACUUUUUAUUCUCUGGCAAUGCCCCCAUCUAUACGGCUGGCCUGCGGUUGCUGGUGGCGCUCGUCCCCAAGAUCGUGGUGCAGUCGGUGCUGACGGCCAUGAUGAACCGCACUGUGGAUAAUAACGACGUCCUUCGCAGCCAGCAAACGUGGUUCUCGUACGCAUAUGUGCAUGUGUUGGCCGUGAUCGACGCGAUUUACUGGAAGAUCACGGACAAAGAAGCUGCGUGGGCCAACACUGGUGCGCUCGGCGGCAACUCGACGAUGGAACUCCCCAACAUCCUUGUGUUUUUCGCGAUGGUGUUUGGCGUGAUCUGGAGCAUCGUGCGCUUCUUCGUCGGGUACAACAGCGCCGAGACGACUCACGGAACGCCGCUGCUGUUCGGGUCCAUGUUUUUGGGUCUCUUCACGGCCAGCCAGCUCGGCCCGAUGGUACGCAUGAGUCUCCAAACGUACUUUGGAUGGAGCCACAAGGCGUUGACGGACCAAGGCAACGUCGUCGGGAGUUUCUCCCUUGCGAUUGUGCUCAGCGUGCUCUGUCUGUGGGUAUACAUCGAGAACCCCCACGACAACGUGUGGGUGUAAGCGCCUUUUGCGUACCUAUGCUCGCAUUAUUGAGACGUUCGUGGUCGAAGGCGUACCAAGUCGUAACCUUCUUACACUGCACGUCCGAACUUUGGUCUUUCAACACAACGCCGCACUCGUGGACGAUCAGUAGUUGUGGCAACCACAUUGUUCAAUUUUAUUGGACGUCGAUGAUGCCAUGGCUACGUCUGGGAGUGCGGAC